AGAUCAUUCAAUUCAUUCGUUACAAACAAAAAUAUAUAAUUUUCUUAUUAAAAAAACAAAAAGAUAAAAAGAAUAAUGGCAAGAGUUCAUCUAUUGUUGUGCUUCACUCUUCUAUUUGCAUCUGUAACCCUUUUUGACGCGGCUUCAGCUUUUGUGAAGCUAAAGCCAUCUUUGCCUCAGAUUGAAGAUCCGAAGACGGUGGGUGAUGUGGAAGGCUACACUGUUCAAGUAGUGAUGGUAUUUGUGGGGGACCUCGAGAAAGAAUGUCCUAAAACAAGCAAAUUCAAAAUGUUCUUCGACAAACUCAGAGGAUUUGCCAAGUAUGUUUGCCCACUAAAAAUAUUUGGCAAAAAGGACGAUGCUGACAUGAAGGCCAAAGAAGCAGGCAUCCUCAAAACAAUUGCCUCUUUUGCUAUUGGAAGGAUAAAGAGGGAAAUUCAAGAGGAAAAACAGGAAGCUAUCGAAACCUUUAAGUUUAUGAAAUCCUUGGCUGGUAGAAUUUUGGGUGGCCGCAAGAAAGAAGAGAAAGCAACCACGACACUAACACCUGAACAGCUGAAAGAAAUCAAAGAUGGGAUCUUGAAGUGGCAGACUGUAAUUGUUAAGAUCACAAACACUAUGGUAGUUAGCACAACAAACAGUGAAGGCUCUGCUGGUUCAAAUCCUGGAGCUGGAAUUCCCUCUACGGAUACAGACAAUCAAUCUCAAGGUACUCCCUCUGCGGAUACAAACAACGAAUCUCAAGGUACCACUGGAAGCUCUUCGAGUCCUAACUCCGGAAGCGCUACUGGAAGUCCAUCAAACAAGCCGUCAGCUGGUUCAAAUCCUGGAGCUGGAACUCCCUCAACGGAUACAAACAAUCAAUCUCAAGGUACCACGAACACUGCUUCAAGUGGAAGUGCAACUACUAGCCAGACCACGGAGGUGACAGUGACAGAAGUCGAGACUCAGACUUCCGAACAAGUUAUGACAUUCCUAAUGAACCUAGAGAAGAAGUGUCCACCAAAGGAGGAAUACAAGCAAUUUUUCGAGAAACUAAAGAGUACCAUGACAGGUUCCGCAAAGGUUUCUUCUCCUAAGAAAAAAGGAGGCUUGUUCGGUAUGAUCAAAGGUGCUGUUGGGAAAAUAGGUGAUGCCAUGCAAUUUAUUCGUUCAAGAAUUGGAAACAAAUCAGCAGAAGUAAAGAAGUCAAUGGAAACUUACCAAGCAGAAGUGAUAAAGAAUAUGGAAGAGCUAAAUGCAAUCUACGCUAAAAUUGUAAGCCAAAAUCAAAGCAAGAAAGGAGGAGCAAUGACAUGCACACCAGAACAACAAGCAGAGAUUAAGACGACAAUCACCAAGUGGGAACAAGUCACAACCCAGUUCGUUGAGGUUGCUAUUAAGAGUGAAACUUCGACAACUACUUCUACUUCAACAUCAGCCUCCACGGGAACAGCGCAGGCAAAUUGAACUGAAGCUAAGGUGUAACUUCACCAAGUUGGCAAACUAGUAACCAAUAGCUAAUAAUUUAGAGAUUUUUAUUUUUGAUUGCAAAUAAAACAAAUAUCGGUGUAGGCUAGCAAUAUAUCUAUUGACCGACCUAUGCAAAAUAAUAACUAUGUAUAAGUACAUAUAGAUUGUAAGCAUUCUAUAUGCUAACAUCCAAAAGUGAUGAUUAAUGAAAGAAAUUUUUGUGGUAA